AUGCCGCCGCCGCCUGACCUGACCGACGACGCCAUCUCCGAGAUCCUGCUCCGCCUCCCGCCGGACGAGCCCCAGUGGCUCUUCCGCGCCGCCCUGGUCUGCAAGCCAUGGCUCCGUACCCUCUCCGACCCCGCCUUCCUCCGCCGGUACCGCGACUUCCACGGAGCCCCUCCUCUCCUCGGCCUCAUCAACGGGAAGGUAGGAAUCGAAGGAAGCGUGGCUCGCCGCUUCGUCCUCACCACAGCAGUGCCUGCCUUCCCCACUCCGGAGUCCGACGAUGCCCCCUAUGCGAUGCCCCUCGACUAUCGCCACGACCGCGUCCUCUUCGGUAUGUUUGGUGGAGACCGCUAUUACCAUGUCUGUGACCCCGUCACGGGCGACCGCCAUCGUGUGCCUGAUCCUGAUCCGGAAAUCCGAAUCUGGUGGGCAGCUCGUGUGCCUAACCCGGAAUUCCGAAUCUGGGGGACGUCCCAAAUGUUGGCCGCGGUGCUCUGCGCUGCGGCUGGCUGUGAUCACCUCGACUGCCACGGUGGCCCCUUCUGUUUGGUCCACGUGUUGACCGAACACACGAGUCCUCCUACAAUGUGGGCGGCCAUGUACUCAUCUGAGAUAGGCGCGUGGAGGGCGCCAGUCACGCUCAACAGUGUUCCUGAUGUGGCCUACAGCCGUGGUCCUCUCAUUGGAGACGAAAUCUACUUUGCACUUCGGGAGGCUGCUACAAUUGUCAAGUAUGACUGGGCCAACAAUUUACUAUCUGUGAUUAAGCCCCAGCCACCAGCAAUGCACGGCGGAUUCGCGCUCAUGGUGAUGGAGGAUCAUUCUCUGGGCCUUGCUGGCAUUGAGGAUUCCAGACUUCAUCUGUGGUCGAGAAGAGUGAGUUUAGAGGGAAUUGCAUAA